AUGGCGGCGGAGCGGGAGCCGGAGCGCGGUGGCGGCGGCGGCGGGAAGGAGGAGAGGCCGGCCGGCCUGGCCCUGGCCCUGGACGAGCUGGUGCGCAGCGUGUCUCUGCAGCGGCGGCGGCCCGUGCUGCUGCACGUCACGGUGGGGCCCUUCGGCCUGCUGUACGCGCUCUGGCUCUACGUGUGGCUGUGCCGCUUCGACGCCGUGAGCGAGCACCCCGAGGCCGGGCUGGCGGCGCUGGCCGCCCUGGGCUUCGUCCACGUGCUGAGCGCGCUGUCCGGCCACUGGUCCGUCCACGCGCACUGCCUGCUGACCUGCUACAAGGAACCCAACCCCAGCAAAGCCACCUGGGCCAAAGUGGUUCCCACACCCAACAACGGAUCUGCCGAGCUUGUGCAGCUCCACCAUGACAAGGGCGAGGACGGCAACGAGAUCAUCUACUUUGAGUUUCAGAAGAUUAAGUACUGGCGUGACGUCAAGGAGAGGCGAGAGUUUGUGCCCGUGGCUUUCCCAGUAGAGCGGGCACUUCACUAUUACCAGAACGCAAAGGGCUUCCAGGACGAGACCGAGUUAAAAGCCACAGAAAAGAAAUACGGUACAAACAAGGCUGAAAUGGUGGUUCCCGAAUUCAUGCAACUCUUCAAAGAGAGAGCUACUGCCCCUUUCUUUGUCUUUCAGGUAUUUUGUGUGGGUCUCUGGUGUCUGGACGAGUACUGGUAUUACAGUGUCUUCACCCUCUUCAUGCUGGUGGCUUUUGAGGCCUCGCUGGUGCAGCAGCAAAUGAGAAACAUGUCCGAGAUUCGCAAAAUGGGGACCAAACCCUAUAUGAUCCAGGUCUACAGGAAUAGGAAGUGGAGGCAAAUUUUCAGUGAUGAUCUUAUUCCAGGCGACGUUGUGUCAAUAGGUCGCUCUCCUCACGAGAACCUCGUACCCUGUGAUGUUUUGCUGCUUCGAGGGCGAUGCAUAGUAGAUGAAGCCAUGUUAACGGGGGAGUCUGUCCCUCAGAUGAAGGAGCCUAUAGAAGACUUGGAUCCAAAGCAUGUCCUGGAUCUGCAGGCAGAUUCAAAGCUGCAUGUAAUAUUUGGUGGCACUAAAGUGGUUCAGCACACUCCACCUCAGAAAUCCAGUGCUGGGCUCAAGCCGGUGGAUAAUGGGUGCGUGGCUUACGUAUUAAGGACCGGGUUUAACACGUCUCAGGGCAAGUUGCUACGCACCAUCCUGUUUGGUGUCAAACGCGUCACGGCCAACAACCUGGAGACGUUUAUCUUCAUCCUGUUCCUCCUGGUCUUCGCUGUUGCUGCUGCCGUCUACGUCUGGGUGGAAGGUACAAAGGAUCCCAACAGAAACCGCUACAAGUUGUUUUUGGAGUGCACGCUCAUCCUGACAUCCGUCGUUCCACCCGAACUUCCGAUCGAGCUGUCCCUUGCUGUUAACACUUCUCUCAUUGCACUGGCUAAACUCUAUGUUUACUGCACGGAGCCAUUCCGAAUCCCAUUCGCUGGCAAAGUACAAUUCUGCUGCUUCGAUAAAACCGGGACCCUGACCAGCGAUAACCUAGUGGUCAGGGGGGUCGCUGGGCUCAGGGAGGGGAAGGAGGUGGUGCCGGUGGCUGAGAUUCCAUUGGAGACGCACAGGGUGGUAGCGACCUGCCACUCGCUGGUCCAGAUGGACGAUGGGACGUUGGUGGGAGACCCUCUUGAGAAGGCGAUGCUCACAGCGGUGGACUGGACAUUGACUAAAGAUGAGAAAGUGUUCCCGAAAAGUAUCAAGUCUCAGGGCGUGAAAAUCCACCAGCGCUUUCACUUUGCCAGCGCCCUCAAAAGGAUGUCUGUCCUCGGCUCUUAUGAGAGGAUGGGCUCCACUGAUCUCCAGUACAUCAGCGCUGUGAAGGGGGCUCCCGAGACCCUGCGGAGCAUGUUUUCAGUGCGUCCAAACAGCUACGACACCGUCCACACUGAAAUGUCACGAGAGGGAGCGAGAGUCUUAGCUUUGGGGUAUAAGGAGAUAGGACAUCUCACUCACCAACAGGUCCGGGAGAUGACCCGGGAGGACUUGGAGUCCGACCUGAAAUUCGCCGGCUUCAUUGUCGUGUCUUGUCCCCUUAAGAGCGACUCGAAAGCCGUCAUCCGAGAGAUUCAGAACGCUUCCCAUCAUGUAGUAAUGAUUACCGGUGACAACCCCCUGACUGCUUGCCAUGUGGCCCGCGAGCUCCACUUCAUACAGAAAGAUCACACACUGAUUCUGCAAGCACCGCACACCAGAGGUGUUGAGUGGUGGUGGGAAUCCAUCGAUGGCACCAUCACCAUCCCCAUGAUUCCAGCCUCCGCCAGGGACCUGACCAAAUACUAUGAUCUGUGUAUGACGGGGGAAGGUCUUACUCACUUAAACACCAUCGACAGGAAGUUUCUGCUGAAGCUCAUUCCUCACGUGCAAGUGUUUGCUCGGGUCGCACCCAAGCAGAAGGAGUUUGUGAUCACGAGUUUCAAGAGCCUGGGUUUCACUACGCUGAUGUGUGGCGAUGGGACAAAUGAUGUCGGGGCUUUGAAACACGCUGACGUGGGCGUGGCGCUGCUGGCCAACGCCCCCGAGCGAGCCCCGGAGAGGAAGAGGAAGAUGAAGGAGCUGCUGAACGACGCAAAGCCAUUCAGCUCCGUCCCCGGCAGCAACCUGAAGGCCAGCUCCCGGGGGGCCAGACACCGGGUCAUGUCCCAGAGAGAGGAGCAGCUGGCCUUACAGCGUGAGCGGCUGAACCAGGUGCUGAAGGACCUGGAGGAAGACCAGAUGCCUGUAAUUAAACUGGGAGAUGCCAGCAUCGCCGCACCGUUUACUUCUAAACUCUCCUCCAUUCAGUGCAUCUGUCACGUGAUAAAGCAGGGACGCUGCACGCUGGUGACCACGCUGCAGAUGUUUAAGAUCCUGGCUCUGAACGCGCUGAUCCUGGCCUACAGCCAGAGCGUCCUGUACCUGGAGGGAGUCAAGUUCAGCGACUUCCAAGCCACGCUGCAAGGCCUCCUGCUGGCCGGGUGCUUUCUCUUCAUCUCCAGGUCGAAGCCGUUGAAGACGCUAUCGAAGGAGCGACCUCUGCCGAACAUAUUCAACCUUUACACUGUGCUAACUGUGCUCCUGCAGUUUGCUGUGCACUUUGUGAGUUUAGUGUUCCUGUACAAAAAGGCCCAGGAGAGAGCUCCCUCCAGAACAGACGAGUUUGUGGAUCUGUACAAAGAGUUUGAGCCCAGCCUGGUGAACAGCACGGUCUAUAUCAUGUCCAUGGCGAUGCAGAUGGCUACGUUUGCCAUUAACUACAAGGGGCACCCGUUCAUGGAGAGUCUGAGGGAAAACAAGCCGCUGCUGUGGAGUGUGGUGGUCUCAGGCCUGGCCAUUGUCGGUCUCCUGUCGGGGUCCUCUCCGGAGUUCAACCAGCAGUUUGGUCUGGUGGACAUCCCGACUGAGUUCAGGACGGUGAUUGCCGGAGUGCUGGUGGCCGACUUCGUAGCAGCGUUGAUGUUGGACCGUCUCCUGCAGGUGUUAUUGGGCAGCAGCAGAUUUCACACACCUUCCUGAUAGACUCGCGGGAGAAGAGCGAGAGAGAGAGAGAGAGAGAGAGAGGGGUGGGGGUGGGGGGGGUGUGUGUGCGGAGAUUCAGACCAGACAAGCUCAGCCCGUCCCAGCGCUCACCCACACUGCUCGCUCGGCAACGUUACGGGACGAGCGGGAGCCUGGACAGCCACCGCUGAGGGGGAACUUCAAUCCGCAGACCGUUUUUCUUAAGAUGGUUUUUUUUUGAUAAAAAUUACAACUGGUAUUUUCCUACCUACCAAAAAAAAAAUGAAUAAUAAUAAUAAUAAUAAUAAUUCCGGAAGGAAAAGCAAAAAAAAAUAAAAACCUGUGCUCCACAGACACGAGCUGUUGGGAAUGCGAUGCCGGCCCCGUGUCCGUGUAAAAACCAACCACUGUGGAAUGUGAAAGUGCUUAUUGCUGGAGUUUCCUUCUUUGUAAACACUCCACCGCCACCGCCGCCACCGCCACGGAGAAUGCCUUCAAUAGAUUUCAUUGAUGCAAAAGCUCAAAGCUUUUCUCGUUGGCUCCAGUUUGGCUUUAUGGUGGCGGGCGGGAGGAGGGACUGUUUCAGAGCGAGGGCAGGGCAUCGCGACUCGCAAGAGUUUGCGAUGUUUCUUUCAGUGAAUAUAUUCCAUAUAGACCUGUCUGCCUGUUCCGUGUUCCUGCCCUUCCCAUCGCCAGUCCAGCCCGCACCCCCCACCCCAUCUCUUCGACCACACCCUCUGGCACUCUCUUACCCUCUACCCUCCCUCCUGUUUCCAACUCGGGUCCAAAUCCCUGACUGUCCAGCACCUUGGGACGUCCUCACGAUGUGAAAGGUGCUGUGUAAACGUCAUUUGUGGUUGUUGAACACAGUGAUAGCUCAUAGCCACACAGGAACUGCUCAGCAAAAAAAAAAAAUGACCCGAGGUCAAUCUCGCUCACCUUUUACCACCCUGGCGGUUUCCGUUCCACGCGAGGAAGCAAACCCACUCGAGUGACAUCGAGAAAACCCUCAACGAACAGAUCGGUAGCGAGUCAGUCUUGUGCAGCUCUUGCUGUUUCCGUGGGAGAACAUUUGGGGUUAAACCCGACACUGUGCUCGAUCGUGAAAUGCGAACGUGGGACAAAUCGCCCUUCGAAACCAUUUAAAUGUGAACCAAAUCAGGUGCUGAAGCCUACUGUGUAGCAGAAUAUUUUAAUGAAAAGAUAAAACAGACAGAACAGGACAGGCCUCACUCACGCUGCGCCGUCCAGGCUCGGCAGCUCGGUGUGUGUACGCUCCACAUUAAACACGCUUGUUUCUUUACACCGGA